UUGUCGUCUGGUUCGCUCUCUUAUACUAGACUUUUGACUUGACAGGCAAAAUUCAGUAAAAUUUGACAAAAAUGUGACAAAAAUCAUCAUACAAUUAUAUACAUACAAUUUUUCGCCACACGAACUAGAACCUUUUAUGACCUACAAAUACCAACUUUUAGACAAAUCCUUAAAAAAAUGUUUCAAAAAUCAUCAAAAUACUGAAUAUCGGAGGAACGGUUAUAUGGACCGAUAUAUCAUUUUUAAUAUCAACCAUCCUAGACACAAUUCAAAUUGUUCUGCCAAAUUUUGAAGCUCUAUGUCAAAUAAUGUAGGCUGUAUCGUGAUUUCAAGAGGCAGACGGAAAUCGUUAAAUCGACUUAGAAUUUUAUGCUGAUCAUGAGUUUAUUUACUUUAUGGGGUCCACGACGAAUAUUUAGGGAUGUUAUGAGUUUGUUGGAUUGUUGUUUGCAUAUGCUUUAAAAUAUUCUAGGGAAUAUAUAACCUAGUUUUGUGCAACAUAAAAAAUACGGGGAGAAUCUAGCAGGAUCCCCAAUAUUUUGAGAUAUGUAUUUUACAAUAUUUAGCAUAGAACUUUGAAAUUUAAUAGAGAUCUUUGAAUUACAUCCAGAAUCAAUUUCGGGAUAGUCCAUUUCGAGUAUAUUUUCCAUUUUGGCUAUGUUUUCUAUUUAAUUUUUCAAAUUUUGGCAUUUUGAGUUCUUAUUGUGGAGAAAAGCUUUUCACAAAAAAUUGUAAAUGUUGGUCCUCUUUUUUUUUUGCAGCAGUUAUAAAAUGGUCACAUUGACUUCAUCCUUCCAAGACGUUUACUUCUUUAAAUCCAAAAUGUAUUUUUAAUAUAUAUGGAUCCCUGGCGUUUAGUUAAAAUGUAGACUCUUGACGGCUUCAGGGUCUAUAGAACAAUUUCAUUUCAAAUAAUUUUGUAGAAUAUUUUGAUAGUCUACUAUUUAAUGGAAGUUUUUAAGCAUAUUUUAAAAGAAGGAAAAACAUUUUCAAAAGUGUGCAAAAAGGGGGUUUUGUUAAUUUUCGAUGUAAACUUUCAAAACGUCGAUACACCUGUCUCCUUUCUUAAGCUCUACUCUCAUGAUUUGCUGGAUUUUGCCCGUAAUUAUUGAAAGAAAUUUGUCUCGCAGUGAAAUCGGGAAAAAUGUUUUCCCACAAUGGUAAAAAACUCAAAAUGAUCCGAAUUACAAUUUAAACAUUCAAAACAAAUAACCGGGUACUUCCAUAUCAAUAAUAUUACAAAUGUACAAACUUCUGAUCCAGUGAAGAAAAAAAAAACAACUACUGUUUAUAAUGCUUAAUCAAAAGAAAAAAAAAAAAAACAUUGGGAGAUGCAUAUUAUAGAAAUAUUAGAAAAAUUCAACAUUUUUUAACUAAUUUUAGCAAAUAGGACAAAAAAAUAACUGCGAAAUCCACCUAUCUACGAGCAUCCUAGAAUAAAAAACGAUAAGCCAUAUCCUGAGAAUGGGACAACUAACAAGGAACAGCAACAAGUAACACAAAAUACAUCGCCAGGAAGCAGCUGUAAUAAAAUACAUAUAAAAUAUUUUUUAACUAUGUUAAGUCCUGGGAAUAUUUAAUAUGAAGUUCAAACAUAAUGUGUAUAUGUUAACGUGUACGUAUACGGUAGUACUUCAUUUAAUUGUGAUCUUUUGGACAGUUACUCAAGUCUGUUAUGCUGAUAAUCUAGAACCUGAAUCACUUAGUCGAAAAGUGCACAACAUAUAUAGUAUUGAGUUCAAAAAAAAAGAGUACAAUGUUACUAUUCCGGAGAAUAGCAUUGGUAAAACGUACGCUACGCCUAAGUCGUAUGACGAAAGGAUUGGUUUAGAUACACCAAUGUCAUGUAAUGCAGUUUUUCGAAUUAUUUCUGGAGAUCGAGACAAGUUGUUUAAAGCAGAAGAGAGAACAGUCGGCAACUUUGCCUUUUUGUCAAUAAGAACGAGAACAAGUAACGUAGUAUUAAAUCGCGAAAAAAACGAAGUGUAUAAUUUCAGAGUUAAGGCAUUCGUAACAUGUCCUGCGAACGGAAGCAAUAUUUUGCAUGAGGCAGAGUGCACGAUAAACCUUCAAGUUCUUGACAGAAACGACCUAAAUCCUCUCUUCUAUCCAACUGAAUAUUCAGUAACUAUAUUCGAGGACGUUCCUGUUCAUAGCAGCAUAUUAAAAGUUACAGCUGAAGACGCAGACUUAGGAAUAAAUGGAGAAAUAUACUACAGUUUUUUAAACUCCAGUCCAUAUUUUAUAAUCCAUCCAUCUUCUGGUGUCAUAUCGAAUGUUAGGCCCCUAAUAAAUCUGGGUGGAAGAGAGUUGGAAAUAAUAGUAAUUGCGAUAGAUCGAGGCUCCGCAAUGUUGCAUCAUAACCAUCAAUCUAGCAAGGCUAAAGUUCUGAUAAAUGUUGAAAAGACUAACCUUCAUUCGCCAGAUGUAUACGUCACGACUGUUUCCAGUAUUGUUAUCCAUGAAACUACUGAUGCCAACAGGAAUAUUUAUGGAAUAAUUCGGGUUUCAGAUAAAGAUAGUGGCAGGCACGGUGACAUAAACGAUGUCUCCAUUGUUAAUGGCGAUGCAGACGGAAUAUUUGAAAUAACCCAAGCAAAAACGCGAGAGGAAUAUUAUAUUCAAUUGAAGAAACUUGUUGUACUAGCAAACACAACUAACACCUUUAAUAUAACGAUAAGGGUGGAAGACAACGGGAUUCCGAAAAGACAUACGUCUAAAAAUGUACUUUUUACAAUAUAUACUGAUAAACAAAAUGCUCCAGUCUUCACGAAACCGUUAUAUGAAGUAUCCAUUCCAGAAACAGCUCCUAUUAAUAUGCCUGUUAUUCGUUUAAAGGUAAGCGAUCCCAGCUUCGGAAAAAAUGCAUUGGUUUUUCUUGAAGUUGUUGGAGGAAAUGAAGGUGGAGAAUUUAAAAUAAAUCCGGACACUGGCAUGCUUUAUACUCAAAAGUAUUUGGAUGCUGAAAAAACUGCCUUUUACACGCUUACUGUCUCUGCCAUCGAUCAAGCAAAUUUAGGAGUUCGAAAACAAUCAUCAGCGAAAGUAAAAAUUAAUGUACUGGAUGUAAAUGACAAUGAUCCAAUUUUUGAGCAGAAAAAUAUAACAGUUUAUAUAAAUGAGAAUGAAAAGGCAGGAACUUACGUAACGAAAGUUCUUGCAAGGGACAAAGAUAGCGGAGAAAAUUCAUAUAUUUCGUAUAGUAUUACGAAUCUCUAUGAUAUGCCCUUCGACAUCGAUCAUUUUAGCGGAGUUAUACGAACAACAACUUUAAUUGAUUUUGAGGUAAUGAGACGAUCAUACCAGUUAAAAGUCAGAGCAUCGGAUUGGGGACUUCCUUACCGAAGGCAGACUGAAAUGGAGGUUUUUGUUAACAUAAAUGAUAUAAAUGACAACAGACCUCAAUUUGAACGUGUCGACUGUCUUGGAAAAGUUUUUCGACAGGCUCCUAUAGGCACCGAUAUAUUCACAUUAUCAGCAAUAGAUUUUGAUGUUGGCGAUUAUAUAACGUAUCGUCUAAUUUCUGGUAACGAAGAUGGCUGUUUUAAUAUGGAUUCAAUUACUGGCGUUAUAACAAUUGGAUGUGAUCUUAAUGACAUUCCAGUCUCUCAUCGUUACAUUAACGUAUCUGCAACGGACGGAACACACUUUUCGGACGAGAUGAUGAUCAAAAUAGACCUCUUAAGGAUCGAACAUUCGGAUGCAUUAAAGAAUGGUUAUAGUAGUUUCGAGUGUCAUGAAACAGGAGUGGCAAAAAAGUUGGCUGAUAUAUUAGCUGCUUCGGAAAAAAACAAUAUGAAAACCAAUAACGAAAUAGAAAGUAACGGGUACUUUACGCUUACAAACAGAUAUGGACAAAAUGUACACAAACCAGAAUUUAUUGAUUUUCCAUUAACAUUGAAUGUAAACGAAAGUCUUCCCUUAGGAGAAACGAUUACGCGGUUUAGAGCGAAGGACCGAGACUUGGGAUAUAAUGGAAAAUUAGUGUUCGGUAUUUCCGAUGGCGACUUUGAAUCAGUUUUUAGAGUGGACCCCGACAGUGGAGAACUUCAACUAAUUGGAUACUUGGAUCGAGAGCGCCAGGAAGAUUAUGUUUUGAAUAUAACAGUGCGCGAUCUUGGGCAACCUCCCAAGAGUGAUUCAAAAAUGUUAAGCGUGAAUAUUUUAGACGUCAAUGACAACCCACCAAUAUUCCAAAAGCCUAUUAUUAGACUUCAUCUGCCUGAAAAUACUAAAAACGAGAGCCAAGUAUUCUGUCUAAAUGCCACGGAUGCCGAUGCAACUGUUAAUGCCCAGAUUUCCUAUGGAAUAAAGUCUGACACGAGGAAUUUUGCUAUAAAUUCCACUACAGGUUGUUUAUUUUUAAUAAACUUGCUUGAUCGGGAAAAGCAAAAUGAGUAUGAACUACAAAUCUUUGCCAAGGAUGGAGGUGUUCCGUCUCUUUCGGCGGAAGCACUUGUUUCCAUAAUUGUUGACGAUGUUAACGACAAUGCUCCUGUAUUUGGGAUCCAGGAAAUAAUUUUCAAAGUCCGUGAAGAUCUUCCUAGAGGUACAGUGGUAGCUAAAGUAGAAGCAAAUGAUUUCGAUAUAGGUAUAAAUUCGGAAAUACUUUUUUCGAUUAAAGAUGACACGACAAAUUCAUCUACUUUCAAAAUUGAUAAAUACAGCGGGAUUAUAAUGACACAGAAUUACUUAGAUUAUGAAAAACAACAAAUUUAUAACCUCGUAGUUACUGCAGUAGAUUGUGGAACGCCAUCGUUAUCCUCUGAUAUGCCAGUUGUUAUAGAAAUAAUUGAUGUAAAUGAAAAUCGAUAUGCUCCAGAAUUCGAUGACUACGUAUAUAUAGGGAAAAUUAAAGAAAAUGAGCCAAAAGGUUCAAUUGUACGCAGUGUAACAGCUAAGGACCUUGACACCAAAGGUCCAGAAUCCGACAUAUCUUAUUAUAUUCGAGGUGGAGAUGGAAUGGGAAUUUUUUCAAUAACCGACAAAGGAUCAAUUCGUACACUUUCUCACUUGGAUGCAGAAAGUAAAAAUUUUUACUGGCUCACUGUAUGCGCCCAGGAUCAAGCUGUAGUGCCAUUAUUCAGUUGUACACAGGUGUUUAUUGAAGUAGAGGACGUAAAUGACAAUGUUCCCUUAACAUCUCAGCCAGUUUACUAUCCGCAUAUAUUUGAAGGAAGUAACGCACACACGCUCAUAAUAAGACUGAACGCAACUGAUGAUGAUAUUAACAAAUUAACCAAAAUAUCUUAUAAGAUUGUUUCAGGGAAUCCUGAAGGUUUCUUCGAAAUCAACAAAGAAACAGGUGAACUCAUGACAACUGAAAGAAAGCUUGAUCGUGAAAAUCAAGUAGAACAUAUAUUGGAGGUUCGCAUCUCUGAUAAUGGUUUUCCAUCUCUAUAUUCAACCACCCGUGUUGUUGUUUCGGUCAAAGAUAUCAACGACAACAGCCCACAGUUUGAACAACGUUUCUAUAAAAUCCAAAUUCCUUCUACUUCAGAUAUAAAUGUUCCUAUAUUUCAGAUUCUCGCCACUGAUAUUGAUAUUGGAGAAAAUGGACGAAUUUCUUAUAAUAUUAAAUCCGGCAAAGGAAAAAACAAAUUUCGUAUUGAUGCCGACACUGGUUUAAUUUACGCCACUAAGCCAUUAGAAAUGGAAAGUGAAUAUGAAUUAAUUAUUAAAGCAGAAGAUCAUGGAAGUCCCAAGAAAAGUCAAACAGCUAGAUUAAACGUAUUGGUUAUACCGAUUUUAGAACAAUCAAAGGCUCCACCUAGCAUAAAAACAACAAAUAGUUUAGUUGAAGUCACAGAAAGCGACAAAGCUGGAUUUUUGGUAACUCUUAUACAAGCUUCUGACGAAGACAGUGAACAUCUUUGGUAUAACAUUAGUGGAGGAAAUGAAAACCAUGCAUUUUUUAUUGGUCAUGAUAACGGAAAUGUGCUUCUUUCCAAAUCGCUUGAUUGGGAAACAAAAAAUUUUUACAAUUUAACUAUAACAGUCAGCGAUGGAUCCAACAUUGUAAAUACGCAAUUAUUUAUUAAAGUCGUCGAUACGAACGACAACCGACCUCAAUUUACAAAAGAUGUAUACCACGUAAACAUAUCUGAAGGCAUAAAAGAGGAAACUAUAGUUUUGCAACUACAUGCAUUUGACAAAGACGAAGAUAAAAAAAUAUUCUAUACUCUGCAUGGAUCAAAAGACCCAUCAUCCCUGGAGUUCUUUCGUAUAGAUUCGGUAACAGGAAAUGUUGUUGUGAGUCAAAAGCUGGAUUAUGAAAAAAAUAAACGUCAUGAAUUGAUAGUAAUUGCAAAGGAUCAAGGAACGCCAGCGAAACGAAACUAUGCCAAAAUAAUAGUUGAUAUUUAUGAUCAUAAUGAUCAUAGUCCAGAAUUUACAAGUAAAAUGUUGCAAAGUAAAAUUCCGGAAAGCGCUGCAGUAGGCUCAAAAGUGAUACAAGUAAGCGCUACGGAUAGGGACAGUGGUAAAAAUGGAGAAAUUUUUUAUUCAAUUAUUAGCGGAAAUGUUGGGAAUAUAUUCGAAAUAGAUAAAAUUGUUGGUACUGUCUAUAUAUCUCAAGCACUGGACAUAAUGCAUAUGCAAGAGUACAUGCUUCAAGUGAAGGCCACUGACUACGGAAAUCCCCCUUUGUCAUCGCAGAUACCCGUUCAUAUUAUUGUCGUAAUGUCAGAAAACGACCCUCCACGAUUUACACUUGCGACAUCUGUAAUAGAAAUGCUCGAAAAUCUCCAGAUUGGAUCAUUCAUAACACAUAUAGAAGCAAGGUCAUCGUCCUCGGUGUUUUAUAACAUUGUCGAGGGCAACGAUGGGGGAUAUUUCUAUAUAAAUCCUUCAACCGGCGUUGUAUUGGUCAAUUCUAAAAUUGAUUACGAGCAGAUAAAGCAAUUUAACUUAACUAUUAAAGGAACAAACAUGGCAUCCGUAUCAUCAUACCAUAACAUAAUAAUACAUGUAUUGGAUGUAAACGACAACCCUCCUUAUUUUACACAGAUAGAAUAUUUUGGACAGAUAUCAGAAGCCUCUGAGCCUGGAUCUUAUGUUAAUAGCAAUAAUUCCAUCAACAGUUUACUUUACCUUAAGGCACAUGACGCUGAUGUUGGACAAAAUAGUAAUUUGGAAUAUACAAUAAUGGAUGCCGUUAGUAAUCAGUAUUUUCAAAUCGAUUUUUUGACUGGGAACAUACAAUUGUUGCAAAAAUUAGAUUACGAAUUGAUAAAAGAGUUCACAUUUAACGUUAUGGUCAAUGACAAGGGAAGCCCAAAGUUAUAUUCUAGAAGCUUAGCACAUGUAACUAUUUACGUUGUUAAUGUAAAUGACUGUCCACCAAUUUUUGAAAUGCAAGAAAUGAAUGCUACCUUAUACUUACCUUCUUACGAAGGAAUUGGAGUGUUGAAAGUAACUGCUACUGAUAUGGACAAAGAUAUAAACAACAAAAUUCGUUACGAUAUAGUGGAAGGGAAUUUAAACAACACUUUUCAAAUCGACAACUCUACUGGUAUGAUAACCACAAGGAAUAUUAAUACAUUGGUACCGUGCUAUACUCUCCAUAUCCGAGCAUCCGAUGGUAUUUUUUCAACAAUUUCACAAGUUGAGAUACAUACAGCGGUCAUUAACGAGACUGGCUUUCAGUUUCAAAAAAAAAGGUACAAAUUUUCUUCCGUCGAAAAUUCUUCGAAAAUUGUUGUUGUCGGUGUGGUAACCACAAUUGGAACUUUUUUGGACGAAAAUGUUGAGUACAAGAUAUUAAACCCAACUAAUCUUUUUGAGAUUGGUAAAACUUCUGGUGCUAUAAAAACAACGGGAGUAAUAUUUGAUAGAGAAUCAGUGGAUGUAUAUACCUUGAUAAUUGAAGCUAUGUCUAUUCUUUAUAAUAACAAUCAGCCCUAUCUACGCCGUGCUACCACUUUAGUUGAUGUUUCAAUUUUGGAUACAAAUGAUAACUGUCCUAUAUUCGUUAAUUUGCCAUAUUAUUCCACAGUCUCAUUAGAAGACACGAAAGGUUCUGUCAUAAUGAAAGUCAAAGCUAUUGACUUAGAUAGCUAUGAAAAUGGAGAAGUUCGGUACGAGAUGAAAAGAGGAAAUGGUGAGCUUUUUAAAGUGGAUCGGAAAACAGGCGACAUUAUACUUAGACAGAAAAUUGAGAAUGACAAUAAGAAAUAUGAACUUGUGGUAGCAGCAUAUGAUAACGCAUUGACACCAUGUUCUUCUGAAGUCACCGUUACAAUAAAGAUCGUUGAUAGGUCCAUGCCUGUAUUCAAUAAACAAUUCUACUUUGGCCGUGUGAAGGAAGACGUUGAACUAUUUUCUGCAUUGUCUGUGAACAUACAAGCGGAGAGUCCAUUGGAAAGAAACUUGAUUUAUACCAUAUCAAAUGAAGAUUUUUUUGAAAUCGACUACAGAACAGGCAUGCUAUAUGUGGUAAAUACUUUGGAUUUUGAAAUGCAAAAGUCGCAUGAAUUGAUCGUAAGGGCAACUGAUAUUGUUUCUGGAGUGUUUGCAGAAGUUACUCUAUCGAUUGGGGUUGAGGAUGCAAAUGACUGCUAUCCACAUAUUGAGACUGAUAACUACAAUAUAACAUUACCCGAAAAUCUACCACUUGGCUCCCAAGUUUUAAAGAUAAAUGCAUCCGACUGCGACUCUGAUGCAAAUAGCGUUUUGUCCUUUCACAUAGAUGCAACAAACGGUGACAGAGAUUCAGAAUUAUUUUAUAUCGAUGUUGCAGAUGGUUCUAUUUACCUUAAACAUCAAUUAAAUUACGAGGAGUGCAAGUCAUAUCUACUCAUAAUAAAGGUUAAAGAUCAUGGAACCCCUUCUCUUACAUCAAGAGCAAACGUGUGGAUCAAAGUAAAAGAUCUAAACGACAACAUUCCUAAAUUUGUUGAGCCAUCAUUUUCGAGUAAGUUAUCAGUUAAUGCAUCCAGAGGACAAUUUGUAACAAGAGCCAGUGCUUACGAUGACGAUGAAUGUGACAGCGGCAAAUUGAAAUAUAAAAUUGUAGAUGGUAACGAUUACCAAAUAUAUAAUAUAGAAGAAUCGACAGGAAUUAUAGUACUACAAAACAAUCAGAGAUUGGAAAGCUAUAAACAGAGCAUUCUCAAUAUUUCCGUAACCGACGGCCUUCAUAUAAGCUUUGCAAGAGUAAAAAUUAACUUGCUUCCAGAAAAUAUGCAUAGCCCAAUAUUUGAAUCGUCGGUGUAUGAGGUACAUGUGAAUGAGAAUGAGAAGCAAAAUACACUUAUUCUAACGGUGAAAGCUAUUGAUCAUGAUUUUGGAAAAUAUGGAUCGAUAUACUAUGAUAUACCCUGUAAUGAUAUGGCUUCCAUAUUUAGAAUUGACAAUAUGACGGGUUCAAUAUAUUCCAAAAUACCUUUAGACAGAGAACAAAGGCAAUUAUAUGAAAUUUUGGUGAAAGCCACUGAUGGAGGAGGCAAAUUUUCAUACUCAUUUGUCCGGCUUAAAGUAGAUGAUGUUAAUGACAACGUUCCGUAUUUUCAAUUAAAUGAGUACAAACUGAUAUUGAAAGAUGACAUUGCAAUAAAUACCGUCGUAGCACAAAUUACCGCUGUAGAUCUCGAUACUGGACGCAAUGCGCAGCUAAAUUAUUCUAUUGAAAAUGUAACUGACAAUGGCAGCUGGUUGAAAAAUAUAGUGUUAAAAUCAAACGGAGAAAUCGUCAUAUUGAAGUCAUUAAAACUCUUAACGAACAGAUUGAUACAAUUUUUUGUACGAGUAAUUGACGAUGGGUACCCAGACAGACACAGCAAUUUAAUCCCUGUGUCCCUGCAAAUUAUGGAGUCAAAUGUAACCAUUCCUUACUUCGAGAAAAAGUCGAUGAAUAUUAACGUCGAUGAAACCCUUAAUCCAGGAUCCAUACUGGCCAGACUCAAAGUUACAGGAAAUUAUUCCGUUAAGUUUUCUCUAGCUUCCAAAUCUUCAAAAUUUACUGUUUCCGAGAAUGGAGAUGUUUUGUUGACACAAUCUUUAGAUAGAGAGCUUAGUCCUUUGGAACAUAUUACAGCUAUGUUUGAAACCGCCACAAAACCUGUACUAUAUGGGUACAUUGAUAUAUACAUUAAUAUUCAAGACGAUAACGAUAAUUUCCCAACAUUUUCAAACUUGGUGUACAACAUGGAUGUUCCAGAAAACAACGAAAAAGGGUCAUCAAUUUUGAAAAUAACAGCUUUUGAUCCAGAUGAAGGUCCCAACGGUGAUGUUCGGUACUACUUGGACGAUGACGACUUGGACAAAAUGUUUGAAAUUGAUAUACACUCUGGUUGGAUAACUCAACUUGGUACUUUAGAUAGAGAAUUGCAGUCGGAAUAUUAUUUUAAUGUUUUGGCAAGCGACAAUGGUCAAUCGAAACAAACAUCUAAAGUAACAGUGUCUAUAGCCGUUAGAGAUUAUAAUGACAAUCCACCAUUAUUUAAACAAACAUUUCAAAUGUUUUCUGUACCCGAAAAUGCAUUACCUGGUACCGUUCUAAAUCAACUUUUGAUAAGUGAUUUAGAUUCAGAAAAGAAUAAUUUACAAUUUUUCAUUGUUUCUGGCGACAAUAAAUCUCAAUUUCAAAUUGCCAACACCGGAGAACUCUUUGUGUCCAAAGCACUUGACAGAGAAUCAAUUUCAUCAUAUAGCAUUAGUGUGGCUGUGACUGAUGGAAAAUUUGUGUCAUAUACUGACGUGUCAAUUAAUGUUCUUGACAUAAAUGACAAUUUCCCUAUAUGCAUAAGUCCAAAGUAUGAAAUAGCCAUACCAGAAUCAACACCAGUAAGUGCCUCAAUUGUGAAAAUAAAUGCAAUCGAUAUUGAUGAUGUUGAGAAUAGCAGAAUAAGAUUUUAUGUUACUGGAAAUUAUUCGGAAGAUUUUUAUGUAGAUAAAGAUCAAGGAAUUCUUAGAGUUGCCGAACCAAUCGAUCGAGAAAUACGAUCGAAAUAUUCUCUACUUGUUCAUGUGCAGGAUGCAAAAGAACUAUUACAGGAGUGUAUUUGUGAAGUAAUUAUAACAGUAACUGAUGUAAAUGACAAUCGGCCAGAAUUUUCCAUGCAUCAAUACAUAUUAAGUAUACCAGAAAACGCACAAAUUGGCACAAUUGUUACAAAAAUACAUGCCGUCGAUAGAGAUUUUGGUUUAAAUCGAAAAAUAUCCUACACGCUUUUGGAUGAAACUGAGUAUUUUGAGAUUUAUUCUUCAAGUGGUAUCAUAAAGCUCAAAAAACUGUUGGAUCGGGAAAGCAUUUCUGUUUUUAAUUUAACUGUAAAAGCAGAGGAUAAUGGCACUUCGAAGUUAUAUUCUACGGAAAACCUUAUUGUUCAUGUGCUCGAUAUAAAUGAUAACCCGCCGGAAUUCCAACUUAAACAAUAUAAAGCAUAUCUGUGGGAAAAUGCUACAGUAGACACCCAGGUAACGCAAGUAUAUGCAACUUCAAAAGAUAUUGGUGUAAACGCAGAAAUAUCCUAUUACAUUAUUGGUGGAAAUGAACAACAGAAAUUUAAAAUUGAUACAACUAGUGGAAUAAUUUUUCUUAACAUGGAAAUCGAUUAUGAAAAGACUAAGUCAUUCUUUUUGAAUGUGCAAGCAAUCGAUGGUGGCAUACCUCCUUUAAGCAGUCAAACCUUUGUGAAUAUUACUGUUUUAGAUGUUAACGAUAACACCCCACAUUUCUCCCAAAAUCUUUAUCGAGUUAAAGUAAGCGAACGCGCCAAUAUAGGAGACAACAUUUUACAAGUUAUUGCAAUGGAUGAUGAUAGUGAUAAAAAUGGAGUAGUUGAAUAUAACAUUGAACGAGGUGAUCGUCUAAAACAAUUUUCUAUAGAUGAUUUCUCUGGAAAAAUUUAUGUGAAUCACAAUUUAGACAGAGAAGGUAUUCAGUCAUAUAUUCUAGAGGUGAGAGCAUGCGACAAAGGGUGGCCACGGCUCUGCAGUUUUGUCCAAGUUUUUGUAGACAUUAUGGACGUAAAUGAUAAUAGCCCGAUAGUUAGGAAUGGCAAUAGCACGAUAUUGCUGCAAGAGAACAAGCCUUUGGGAUUCGAAGUAACAACAUUUGAUGUCUCUGAUGCGGACGAGUAUCCAAAUACAAGUCCCUAUACAUUUGAUUUUAGGAGCGGAAACGAAGGAGGAUUUUUUCGUCUUGAACAGGACGGUAGAUUGUUAACUGCAUUUCGAUUUAGCCACAGAAUAUGUGAUGAAUACAUUCUUCAAAUAAGAGUCUUCGACAAUGGCAUUCCACCACUUUACUCAGAUACUUGGGUCACUAUCAAAAUAAUUGAAGAAAGUCAAUAUCCCCCUAUUAUUACUCCUCUGGAAAUAACAAUUAAUUCUGUUGAAGAUGAUUUCGGUGGCGGCUUUUUGGGGAAGGUAUAUGUAUCAGAUCAAGAUAAAUAUGAUACGUUCACGUACAAAAUAGAGGCAAACAUGACACAAACGUACUCUGCGAUUAAGCUUUUUAACAUAUCGGCAACCACCGGCGAUAUAUAUGCUAUAACAAACUUGGAUAUUGGCUUGUAUUAUAUUAACGUUAGUGUUUCCGAUGGAAAAUUUAAUUCAUUUGCAAAUGUGAGAAUCAACGUAGAGUUAGUGACAACCGAAAUGAUAAAAAAUGCUGUCAUAAUGAGAUUUAGUAAAAUCACGGCGAAAGAUUUCAUAUUAAGUCAUCGAAAAGCAUUUCUCAGAAUCAUGCGCGAAGUUUUACAGUGCCGACAGAAGGACAUUUUCAUCAUUGCACUGAAAGAAAACGAUUUCACCAACACAAAGCACAUCUUUAAAAACUCGUCAUCUAACUUAACAGUGACUAAUUCCAACCACAUGUUGGAUGUUGCGUUUGCUAUUAAAAAACAAUUAAUCUUACCAACAUCGGAAAGCUAUUAUACACCUGAGGAGGUAUUAUAUAAGAUGUCCAUUGGCGUCGAAGAAAUAGAAAUUCGUUCUAACCUGCCUAUUGAAGAUAUUGUGUCUAAUGAGUGUCCAGUAAAUAUCUGUGUUCAUGGAAAAUGUAAUACUCAGAUGUUUAUUAAUAAAAAUGAAGUAAACACGUUUUAUACUGAUGUGGUGAGUUACGUUACUCCAGAAUAUAAACUGAAUUAUAAUUGCGCCUGCAAACAAGGCUUCGAUGGUAAAAAUUGUGAAGAACCUGUGAAUGCAUGUUCUUCCGACCCAUGUCCACCACAGAAACAGUGUUGGCCAGCCGAUACAAUAAACGGCUAUCAGUGCAUCUGUCCAUCGGGAUAUGCAGGCCAGUUUUGCGAAGUGCAAUCCUCAAGAUGCCACUACAACAAUUGUUCAAAUUUACAAACAUCGGUUUCUUUCAGUGGAAAAAGUUACGCCCACUACAAAAUAAAUAAGUCGUCAGCUAGACAUUUGGUUGAAAGCCAAUUUUCUUUAACGCUCAGGAUACGCACAGUACAGCAAUCGGGAACACUUGUCUACGCCAGUGGUCAAAUUGACUACAGCAUUAUAGAAAUUGUGAAUGGAGUUGUUCAAUAUCGAUUUGAUCUUGGUUCAGGAGAAGGCGUCGUUGCUGUUACGAGUAUAAAUAUAUCUGAUGGCGAGUGGCACUCAAUUAAACUAGAACGAGUUUUAAAUACAGCGAAACUUGUAGUUGAUAACAAGCAUACAUCACAGUCCAAUUCUCCCGGAAUUAAUUCUAUAUUAAAUUUAGAUAAAAAUGAAAUUUUUGUCGGUGCAAAAGUGAUACCACAUCAUACUAUAGUGGGAUAUGAAGAUAUCCAGCGAGGUUUUAUUGGUUGCUUGGCCGAUAUUAAAGUUGGACACGAAACCUUACCAUUACAUAUAGUUGCAGGUGGUAAUACGGUAGCAGCUUUAAGAUUUACCAACGUAGAGUUCCUUUGCGAUCCCUCAAAGGUGUUAAUAAAUCUUGGUAUUUGCGGAGAACAACCUUGUCUAAAUUCAGGCAUUUGUCAUGACCUAGGCGACAACUUUCAAUGUGUUUGUUCUGAACGUUACGCUGGAAGGUUUUGUGAAAUAGAUCUAGAUCCAUGUGCUUCUAUUCCAUGUUUAUAUGGCGGCCUUUGCGAAAUGCUUGGUCCAAAUAAUUACUCAUGUACUUGUCCUUCACAUUUAUCAGGAAAACGCUGCGAGUAUGGCCGCUUUUGUAUCCCCAAUCCCUGUAAGAACGGUGGAAUAUGUGAAGAGGGAGAUGGUGUUUCUCACUGUAUGUGUAGAGGUUUCACGGGGCCCACCUGCGAAAUUGACGUCGACGAAUGCGAAAACCAACCUUGCGGCAGCGGAGCCACCUGUAUAAAUGAGGCGGGAAGUUUUCGUUGCAUAUGUCCCUCAUAUUUAACGGGCGCCAGUUGCGGAGAUCCGCUAUAUUCCAAUUCUAUUUCAACGAAAUUGAGAAACUUAUCCGUUGAAAAAAUAACAGGAAUUAUUUGUGGUGCUUUGUUUGUGUUCAUUCUGUGUACUAUCACCAUAUGUUGCAGAAUGUAUAGGAGAAAUUGUUCUACAAGAAAAAAAAGUUCGAGUCGCAUUAAAAACAGUUGCAAAGAAACAAAAUUAAACUCAUUAUUGGAGAAAGAGAAAAACAAUAAACACAAAACUAAAAUAAGUAAUCUUGAAGUUAAUCACCGACCACUUAGCUACGCCCCAACAGCUACAGACAAUAUGAUCUCGAGUACUCAUUUUGUAAAUAAUUUGGAUAUACUUAGGAGUUAUGGAUCUGCCGGUGACGAACUUGAGAAUAUACCAUUCGAGUAUCAAAAAAUAAGUAUUAAUAAAGUAAAUGUAAAUAUUAACAACGAAAACAUAUCAGAGGCAGCAGUGUCAGCCUAUAAGACGGACUGGUGUGAUCAAACGCAGUUAAAGACUUUUUGUGAAAGCAAACUUAACAAUGGUAAAUGCGUUGAUUAUAACUUGCCAUUGAAUCGUCUAACAUCAACUAAGUCAAGCUGCACAAAACUAAUUCACGUUGCAAUGCCUAACGUAUGUCAACCAACAUAUGGUGCGGAUUAUUCUAAUCAUGGGCAAUAUCAUUGGGAUUGUUCUGACUGGGCUAGAAACAGCCAAAAUCCAUUGCCUGAUAUUACAGAAGUACCUGGUGCAGAAAUAGUAGAUUCAUCUAGUUUUCACAGUAAUGAAAGCAAUGAAUCAAAGCCAAAGGAUCACGCACAUGCUAUUAUGAGACCGGAUCCUCGAAGAGACACUUUAACCGUAAAUGAGGAAUUGGUUGUCAAUUCACAAGUUCAAGAUAGCAUUCCAAAACCAAAUCUACCGUUCGGUAGUAAUUCAAGACUGAGUCCAGCGUAUUAUAGUGAGAACGAAGACUAUACAUCAAAUUCAGUGCCUUUCAGAUGUAUAACAAAAUGUAAAUUGUACGUGCGUCAUCCAGAUUCGUACUUGCCACCGUUAAACAAUCUCAGUGAAACAGACGGAGAAACAAAUCCACAGUGCUAUAAUUUCAAAUGUCAAGCAGAUGUCGAGGACGAGAAGCGGAAGUUAAGCGUCAACUCAGAUGAUGAAUAUUUUUGCCCCAAGAGUCCCUACGGUAGCAAUCGUUCCGUACAUCUAUGCGAAAUAGAAGAUUCAGAGCUCGAAGAAUUUUUGCCCAAAAGACAAGUAGAAGUAUCAGAUGACUAAUUCUAAAAUCAGAUCUAUAUUAUUUUCUGUUUUGCUAACUAUAUAAUACUUCCAGAAUUUAAUAAAGCAAAUAUUUUAUUAUAA